AUAAAUACAGCUUGACUUGGCCCCUGUAGGACUGACUCCCCUGGGAUAUGAGGUGGAUACUGUUCAUUGGGGCCCUUAUUGGGUCCAGCAUCUGUAGCCGAGAAAAAUUUUUUGGGGACCAAGUUUUUAGGAUUAAUGUCAGGAAUGGAGACGAGAUCAGCAAAUUGAGUCAGCUAGUGAAUUCCAACAACUUGAAGCUCAAUGUCUGGAAAUCUCCCUCCACCUUCAAUCGGCCUGUGGAUGUCCUGGUCCCAUCUGUCAGUCUGCAGCCAGUUAAAUCCUUCCUGGCAUCCCAGGGCUUGGAGUACGAAGUGACAAUUGAGAACCUGCAGGCCCUUUUAGACAAUGAAGAUGAAGAAAUGCAACAGAAUGAAGGGCAAGAAUGGAGCAGUAAUAACUUCAACUACGGGGCUUACCAUUCUCUGGCAGCUAUUUACCAUGAGAUGGACAACAUUGCCUCAGACUUUCCCGACCUGGCUAGCAGGGUGAAGAUUGGACAUUCGUUUGAAAACCGGCCGAUGUAUGUACUGAAGUUCAGCACAGAGGAAGGCGUGCAGCGGCCGGCCAUUUGGCUGAAUGCAGGCAUCCAUUCCCGAGAGUGGAUCUCCCAGGCCACUGCAAUCUGGACGGCAAGGAAGAUUGCAUCUGAUUACCAGAGGGAUCCAGCUAUCACCUCCAUCUUGGAGAAAAUGGAUAUUUUCUUGUUGCCUGUAGCCAAUCCUGAUGGAUAUGUGUAUACUCAGACUCAAAAUCGAUUAUGGAGGAAGACGCGGUCCCUAAAUCCUGGAAGUCCCUGCGUUGGUACUGACCCAAAUAGAAACUGGAACGCUAGUUUUGCAGGAAUGGGAGCCAGCGACAACCCUUGCUCCGAAGUGUACCAUGGAACCUAUGCCAAUUCGGAAGUGGAGGUGAAAUCGGUGGUAGAUUUCAUCCAAAAACAUGGGAAUUUCAAGUGCUUCAUCGACCUGCACAGCUACUCGCAGCUGCUGAUGUAUCCGUAUGGGUACACAGCCAAAAAGGCCUCUGAUGCUGAGGAGCUGGACAAGCUGGCGAGGCGUGCAGCCAAAGCUCUGGCUUCCGUGUCGGGCACUGAGUACCAAGUGGGUCCCACCUGCACUACUGUCUAUCCAGCUAGCGGGAGCAGCAUUGACUGGGCUUAUGAUAACGGCAUCAAAUUUGCAUUCACAUUUGAGUUGAGAGAUACUGGGACCUAUGGCUUCCUCCUGCCAGCGAACCAGAUCAUCCCCACAGCAGAGGAGACCUGGCUGGGUCUGAAGACCAUUAUGGAGCACGUGCGGGACAACCUCUACUAGGCGACGCCCUGCUCUGUUUACAUUUAUUUGUGUGGCCCACACUGAGGCCACUCAGUUAAAGGAGCUCAUUCCUUCCCGUGUGAGUCAGAGCCCUCUGGGUCUGUAGAGCACACAGGCCUGCCCCUCUCCAGCCAGCUCCCUGGAGUCGCGUGUCCUGGCGGUGUCCCUGCCAGGAGCAGUUCUGCCAGCCCGCUCAAUUUUGGUCCCGCUGUCUUUGAUGAGCCUUUUGUCUGUCUCUCCUUCCACACUGCUGGCUGGGCAGCAUGUCUCUCUCUAUCUCAUUUUUUAGAACCAAAGAACAUCUGAGAUGAUUCUCUAGCUUCACCCAUAUCUAGCCAAGCCAGUGACCUUGCUCUGGUGGCGCUGUAGAAGAUGCCGCUUGUGUUUGGGUGGGUCUCAAAGAUGACGCAGGAUUACCUUUAAUUAAUUUCUCUCAGUCUUCCUGGAAAAUAUUUUUCUCUGAGCAGCAAAUCCUGUAGGGCUAUGAGUGUAGGUCUCUCCCUCCCUCCCCUCCUCUUUUAGGUCUGAAUGCAACGUAGAAGACCACUUUCCAUCACUGCGCUGAGAAUUUCUAGAUACUACAGUUCUUACCCCUCUCUUCGCUUAGUUAUUCAGUGUGACCAGGUUGGUAGGAGGGAGCUGUGUCACUGUAGGUACUACUCACCCAGGAAGACUGGGUGAAGUGACAAUCUAAAUUGCAGGAUGGCAAAAUCAUCCCUGUCUGUCCUAAUGGGCUCACAUCCACUCUGUCUUUUGAACUCACUUCAAAGAUCUAGGCCUCAUCUUACAGGUCCUAAAUCACUCCUGUGGCCUGGAUAAUCUCACUGCCUGGCACAGUCCCAUUUGGGCUCUGGGGCAUUCUGUGUUUCCUUGUCGUGUGUGUGUGUGUGUGUGUGUGUGUGUGUGUGUCUCUAUUUUGUAUCCCAGACCACAAGUACCUAAGUAAAACAAGAAUUCAUCAAGCAGAUGCCUCGUGUUUAAUUUCACCUCAGCAUGUACCAUCUGUCCUUUUGUUGUUGUUGUUUUGUUUUUGUUUUUUUCAAACAUGUCUGUAAAUCUUAUCCUCCUGCCUAGGAUUUGUAUAGCAUCUGGUGUGUGCUUAUAAGCCAAUAAAUAUUCAAUGUGAGUUUCA